GAAGCAGUUGAUGGGUUUCCACUUUCAGAUGUCAUGCUGAGUCUGUCAUUCCCCUUUCGGUUAGUGUCAUGUUGCCCAGGCAACUCAAUCCUUCCCAGCCCAAAUGGGGUUGAUGCCCCCUACAUCAGGCCGAAAUCGAACAUCCUUAGCUGUAGCCCUAAGGAAUACCACUUUUGUUACACCAAAUAACACACUUCAUACUUUUGUCCAUUGCCAGGGGGUUUUUUCUUGUGACCUGGAAACUCUCUAUACGAGGUCUCACCCCGUGAUAGCCUGGGUCCCUACUCUGCCCACUUACUUGGCUCAGCCCUGCUCGUAUUCGCUAAGUGGAACCAACAAAAUGUAUGGUGACCAGCGAAACUCAUAUCGUCAUGCAUACGCCCGGUAGAAUAUUGGAUCUUCAUUGACGAUCCCGGGGAUUAUAAGCUUCCAGGGCGAUUUCAGAUGACAACAAAGAUGGCAUCGAAAGUCAGCCUUGUUUCCAGAAACUGACCAGUUUUGGGCAAGAGAACUUGCUUGGACUAAGUCAG